AUGGGACUAUUUGGUCCAGCCCUUGUGGCGCUUCUCUUCUUUGCCUCUCUUGCCAUCCCAUGCACAGAGCAGGAGAAGAGCUCCUUGCUCCAGUUUGUCUCUGAGCUCUCCCAGGAUGGUGCCCUAAGCAGCUCGUGGGAUAAUGCCACGGAUUGCUGCAAAUGGGAAGGGAUCAGCUGCAGUUCGGAAAAUACAGUCACUGAUGUCUUCCUGGCUUGUAGAAACCUUGAAGGGCACAUCUCACCAUCCCUUGGCAACCUUACCAGUCUGCUACGCCUCAACCUGUCCCACAACUUGCUGUCCGGAGGCCUGCCGCUAGAAUUAGUUUUCUCCAAAAGCAUCAUCGUCCUUGACAUUAGCUUCAACCUACUCCAUGGAGAUCUACAAGGUCUGCCAUCUUCUACCCUUCAGCCAAUGCAGGUACUGAACAUCUCAAGCAACUUGUUUACAGGACGGUUUCCAUCCACCUCAUGGGAGGCAAUGAAGGGUCUGGUUGUGCUCAAUGCCAGCAACAACAGCUUUACAGGUCAGAUACCGACUACCUUCUGUGUCAGCAUGCCAUCCAUUUCUGUGCUUGAAUUAAGCUACAACCAAUUCAGUGGAGGCAUCCCCCCAGGACUGGGUAAUUGUUCCAUGCUGACAUCUCUCAAUGCUGGGAGCAACAACCUCAGUGGAAAUCUUCCUGAUGAACUCUUCAAUCUCACCUUGUUGGAGCACCUCUCUUUUCCUCACAAUCAGUUAGAAGGAUCACUCCGAGGCAUCAGCAAGCUCACGCAUCUGGUCACCCUUGACCUUGGAGGGAAUCGUAUCAGUGGAAAUAUCCCAAACUCAAUAGGUGAUCUGAAGAGACUAGAGGAGCUCCAUUUGGACGGCAACAGCAUGUCUUGGGAGCUGCCGUCAACUCUGGGAAGCUGCACAAAUCUCAGAACCAUCAACCUCAGGAGAAACAUGUUCAGUGGAGAGCUUACCAGGGUCGACUUCUCCACAAUGCCCAAUCUUAAAACUUUAGAUCUUGUAUGGAACAAUCUCACUGGAACAAUCCCAGAAAGCAUUUAUUCAUGCAGCAAUCUAACCGCACUUCGGCUAUCUGGCAAUAGGUUUCAUGGCCAGUUGUCAGAAAGAAUCAGCAACCUAAAGUCUCUCUCUUUUCUAUCACUUGUUGGCAAUUCCCUAACAAACAUCACAAGUGCACUUCAGAUCCUUAGGAGUUGCAGGAAUCUGGCCACUUUGCUAAUUGGCCGUAACUUCAUGCACGAGGCCAUGCCAGAGGAUGAUAGAAUUGAUGGUUUCAAAAAUCUUCAGGUUUUUAGCAUAAGCAGAUGUUCAUUAUAUGGAAAAAUGCCUCCAUGGCUAUUGAAGCUAACAAAUUUGGAGAUGCUGUUUUUAUACAGCAAUCAACUAACUGGACCAAUACCUGAAUGGAUGAGCAACCUAAACUUCCUCUUCUAUAUAGACAUAACCAAUAACAGCUUUACAGGUGAAAUUCCAGCGGCCUUAAUGGAAAUGCCAAUGCUGAAAACAGACAAGGUUGCACCAAAGGCAUUUGAGAUCCCUAUUUAUUCUGGAGAGAUCCCACAAUCGAUAUGCAACCUCACAAAUCUCGAGGUGCUGGACUUGUCCAGCAACAAGCUAACAGGUGUAAUUCCAACCACACUAAAUAAUCUUCAUUUCCUUUCUGAAUUCAACAUCUCUAAUAAUGACCUGGAAGGCCCUAUCCCAACCAUGGGCCAGCUUAGCACGUUCCCAAAUUCCAGCUUUGAUGGGAACCCAAAGUUGUGCGGUCCUAUGCUUGCUCACUACUGUGGUUCAUCAGAAAAGAAAUUCUCCACAGAAGUAGCAAAACAAAUGGAUGAAAGAGUCAUCUUUGUGAUUGCCUUUGGUGCCUUCUUCUGUGUAGGGGUGUUGUAUGAUCAAAUAGUGUUAUCUAGAUUUUUUGGUUAG